GAGUUUUAUACCCAAACCAGAUCACCAUGGCUUCUCUAUCAUCUCCACCAGUCACCACAACAACCAUUUCCUUUUCAAGUUCCCUCUCUUCUUUCUCUCAAACCAGUUCCCAAAUUUCCUUAGUCCAAAACCCUAGGCUAUCCUUAGUACGUGCCAAAAUUUUAUGCAAAGCCACAAACAGUAAUCAAAACCCUAGCGAUGGACAAAAACGUCCCCAAAAAAACCUAGACCGGAGAAAUGUGCUCAUUGGGCUCGGAGGCCUAUACGGUGUUGGUCUUGGUGGCGCCGACCAUUUCGCCUUUGCAAAGCCGGUGGCUCCACCGGACCUAUCCAAGUGCGGAGCAGCAGACUUACCAACCGGUGCUCAACCAACAAAUUGCUGCCCACCAAUAUCUGACAAGAUAGUCGACUUCACCUUUCCUUCCUCCUCUCCACUCCGCGUCAGACCGGCAGCUCACACUGUUGAUCAGGCCUAUAUCGACAAAUACUCCAAGGCCAUUGAGCUCAUGAAAGCCCUCCCCGACUCCGAUCCACGCAGCUUUACUCAACAAGCCGAUAUUCACUGCGCUUACUGUGACGGCGCGUAUGAUCAAGUCAGUUUUCCUGAUCUCGAGCUCCAAAUCCACCAGUCAUGGCUUUUCUUCCCCUUCCACAGAUACUACUUAUAUUUCUACGAGAGAAUUCUCGGAAAACUCAUCGGCGACCCCACAUUCGCAUUGCCAUUUUGGAACUGGGACUCCCCUCCGGGAAUGAAGCUGCCAGCCCUCUUCGCUGACCCAAGCUCGCCGCUCUACGAUGAGCUCCGAAAUGCCAACCACCAGCCUCCAGCGCUCCUUGACCUAGACUGGAACAGGACAGACGUACCGACCACCGAGGCUGACCAAAUAUCAAGCAAUUUGAAGAUUAUGUACAGGCAGAUGGUGUCCAACGCCAAGAAACAGCAGCUCUUCUUUGGACAAGCUUACAGGGCUGGCACCGAUCCAGAUCCUGGAGCCGGCUCAAUCGAGACUACUCCUCACGGGCCAAUCCACGUCUGGACUGGUGAUAACACCCAGCCCAAUUACGAGGACAUGGGAAACUUCUACUCUGCUGCUAGAGACCCUAUUUUCUUCUCACACCAUUCUAAUGUCGAUAGGAUGUGGAGUGUAUGGAAAACAUUGGGUAAGAAGAACAAGGAUAUUACGGAUCCAGAUUGGUUGGACACAGGGUUCCUAUUCUAUGACGAGAACGCGCAGCUUGUGCGAGUAAAGGUACGCGACUGCCUUGACUCCAAAAAGCUCGGAUAUGUGUACCAAGAUGUGGACAUUCCAUGGUUGACGUCCAAACCAACACCGCGUAGGUCGAAGCUUGCGAAAGCAGCCAAGGCCAUUGGGGUGGCGCGUGCAGCGACCUCCGGACCAAAGGUGGUGGGAAGAGGCGAUUUUCCAAUAAAGUUGGACUCGAAGAUAAGUACUGUGGUAACGAGGCCAAAGCAGAAGAAGAGGAGUAAGAAGGAGAAGGAGGACGAGGAGGAGAUACUUGUGAUCGAAGGGAUCGAGUUUGAUAAAGAUGUGGCGGUGAAGUUUGAUGUGUACGUUAAUGACUUGGAAGACGAUGAUGAGCCGGGCAAGCCGGACGACAGUGAGUUUGCCGGGAGCUUCGUGAACGUGCCCCAUAAGCAUAAGGAGAAGAAGAAAAAGAAGAAGACUACGAGUUGCUUGCGGUUGGGGUUAACGGAUUUAUUGGAGGAUUUGGGGGCUGAAGAUGAUGAGAGUGUGGUGGUGACUUUGGUGCCGAGGUAUGGGACCAAGUCUCUCAAGAUUCGUAGCGUCAAAAUUGAGUUUCUAGCUGAUUGAGCAAGCCUGAUGUGUAAACUAUGUAUGUCGUUCAUCUUUCAAUUGGG